AUGUAUCUAUCUAUCUCUCAUUGUGUUCAUUUGUUAUCUAUCCAUUUAUCUCUCUAUGCAUCUCAAAUGUUUCCGAUCUAUCUAUCUAUCUAUCUAUCUAUCUAUCUAUCUAUCUAUCUUACAUUUUUCCUAUGUAUCUAUCUUCAGCCUCUUCCUAUCUCACACUUUUCCUCUCUCUCUCUCUAUCUAUCUUUCUAUCUAUCUAUUUGUCUAUCUUCAAUCUGUUCCUAUCUCUGUUCAUUAUCUUUCUAUCUAUCUGAAACUGUUCCUAUCUAUCUAUCUAUCUAUCUAUCUAUCUAUCUAUCUAUCUAUCUAUCUAUCUAUCUGAAACUGUUCCUAUCUAUCUAUCUAUCUAUCCUCUUCCUAUCUAUCUCACACGUUUCUCUCUCUCUCUCUCUCUCUCUAUCUAUCUAUCUAUCUAUCUAUCUAUAUAUAUAUAUAUAUAUGUCUAUCUUUCUGAAUCUGUUCUUAUCUAUUUAUCUAUCUUCAAUCUGUUCCUAUCUCUGUUCAUUAUCUUUCUAUCUAUCUGAAACUGUUCCUAUCUAUCUAUCUAUCUAUCUAUCUAUCUAUCUCAGUAUGUUUACUAUCUAUCUAUCUAUCUAUCUAUCUAUCUAUCUAUCUAUCUAA